CGGUGGACGCACUCGGCCGGCGCUGCGCUGCGGGGAGGGCGGCUCUGCGAAGCCGCAAGUUCUCCGGCCGCGCUCCGGACCCAGCAUGGCUUUCGCUAAUUUCCGCCGCAUCUUGCGCUUAUCCACCUUCGAGAAGAGAAAGUCCCGUGAAUAUGAGCACGUCCGCCGGGACCUGGACCCCAACGACGUGUGGGAGAUUGUGGGCGAGCUGGGCGAUGGCGCCUUCGGCAAAGUCUACAAGGCCAAAAACAAGGAAACCGGUGCCUUGGCAGCCGCCAAAGUCAUCGAGACCAAGAGCGAGGAGGAGCUGGAAGACUACAUUGUGGAGAUUGAGAUCCUGGCCACCUGCGACCACCCAUACAUCGUGAAGCUCCUGGGAGCCUAUUACCAUGAUGGGAAGCUGUGGAUCAUGAUUGAGUUCUGCCCUGGGGGAGCUGUGGAUGCCAUCAUGCUGGAGCUGGACCGAGGCCUCACCGAGCCCCAGAUUCAGGUCGUAUGCCGCCAGAUGCUGGAGGCACUCAACUUCCUGCAUGGCAAGAGAAUCAUCCACCGUGACCUGAAAGCUGGCAAUGUGCUUAUGACCCUUGAGGGGGACAUCAGGCUGGCUGAUUUCGGUGUGUCUGCCAAGAACCUGAAAACUCUGCAGAAGCGAGAUUCCUUCAUAGGAACGCCCUACUGGAUGGCCCCUGAGGUGGUGCUCUGUGAGACCAUGAAGGACGCGCCCUAUGACUACAAGGCUGACAUCUGGUCCUUGGGCAUCACGCUGAUCGAGAUGGCACAGAUUGAACCCCCACACCACGAGCUCAACCCCAUGCGGGUCCUGCUCAAGAUUGCCAAGUCGGACCCUCCCACGUUGCUCACGCCCUCGAAGUGGUCUGUGGAGUUCCGAGACUUCCUGAAGAUAGCGUUGGAUAAGAACCCAGAGACCCGGCCCAGUGCCGCACAGCUGCUGGAGCAUCCCUUCGUCAGCAAUGUCACCAGUAACAAGGCUCUUCGGGAGCUGGUGGCUGAGGCAAAGGCCGAGGUGAUGGAGGAGAUCGAGGAUGCCAGGGAUGACGUCAGGGAUGAUGGAGAAGAGGAGGAUGCUGUGGAUGCCUCCUCGCCCCUGGCCAACCACACUCAGGACUCUGCUGGUGCAACUGAGCCAAGCCUCAACUCUGACAAGCCUCCCCAGGAUUCUUGUGUCACCCUGCCUCCCAGUCAGCCUCGGGAGCCUGUGAACGGUAGCCAACCCUCAGGGGAUGGGCCUCUCCAAACCGUCAGCCCUGUGGAUGUGAUCCCCAAGAGUGACAAUGACUUAAAGGUACCUGUUCCCCUCCGGAAGUCCCGACCAUUGUCCAUGGAUGCCAGAAUCCAUGUAGCCGAAGAGAAACAAGUCACUGGCCAGGCUGAGGACCCCAGUCCUGCAGCCAGCAAGUCCCAGAAGGCAAACCAGAGCCGCCCCAACAGCAGCGCCCUGGAGACCUUGGGUGGAGAGAAACUGGCCAAUGGUGGCCUGGAGCUCCCCAGCUCUGUAACUCCAAGCCAUGUUAAGAGGGCUUCAGACUGCAGCACUGUGUCUACCUCGGAGAGCAUGGACUAUAGCACCUCCCUGUCUGCUGACCUGUCACUGAAUAAAGAGACGGGCUCAUUGUCUCUCAAGGGCUCAAAACUGCACAACAAGACCCUGAAGCGGACCCGCAGGUUUGUAGUAGACGGUGUGGAGGUGAGCAUCACCACCUCCAAGAUCAUCAGCGAAGAUGAGAAGAAAGACGAGGAGAUGAGAUUUCUCAGGCGCCAGGAACUCCGAGAGCUUCGGCUUCUGCAGAAGGAAGAACAUCGGAACCAGACCCAGCUGAACAGCAAGCAUGAGAUGCAGCUGGAGCAAAUGCACAAACGUUUUGAACAAGAAAUCAACGCCAAGAAGAAAUUCUUUGACAUGGAGCUGGAGAACCUGGAGCGACAGCAGAAGCAGCAGGUGGAGAAGAUGGAGCAGGAUCACAGUGUGCGCCGGAGGGAUGAGGCCAAGAGGAUUCGCUUGGAGCAGGAUCGAGACUACGCCAAGUUCCAGGAGCAGCUCAAGCAGAUGAAGAAGGAGGUGAAGAACGAGGUUGAGAAACUGCCCCGGCAGCAGCGGAAAGAGAGCAUGAAGCAGAAGAUGGAAGAACACUCACAGAAGAAGCAGCUGCUCGACAGAGACUUUGUAGCCAAGCAGAAGGAGGACCUGGAGCUGGCCAUGAAGAAGCUCACCAUAGAAAACAGACAUGAGAUCUGUGACAAGGAGCGAGAGUGCCUCAGCAAGAAGCAGGAGCUCCUCCGAGAGCGUGAGGCAGCCCUGUGGGAGAUGGAGGAGCACCAGUUGCAAGAGCGGCAUCAGCUGGUGAAGCAGCAGCUUAAGGACCAGUACUUCCUGCAGCGGCAUGACCUGCUGCGCAAGCACGAGAAGGAACGGGAGCAGAUGCAGCGCUACAACCAGCGUAUGAUGGAGCAGCUGAAAAUUAGACAGCAGCAGGAGAAGGCGCGGCUCCCCAAGAUCCAGAGGAGUGACGGCAAGACACGCAUGGCCAUGUACAAGAAGAGCCUGCACAUCAAUGGCGCAGGCAGUGCCUCCGAGCAGCGCGAGAAGAUCAAGCAGUUCUCCCAGCAGGAGGAGAAGAGGCAGAAGGCAGAGAGGUUGCAGCAGCAGCAGAAACACGAGAACCAGAUGCGGGACAUGGUGGCCCAGUGCGAGAGCAACAUGAGCGAGCUGCAGCAGCUGCAGAAUGAAAAGUGUCACCUGCUGGUAGAACAUGAAACCCAGAAGUUGAAGGCCCUGGAUGAGAGUCAUAACCAGAGCCUGAAGGAAUGGCGGGACAAGCUGCGGCCGCGUAAGAAGGCCCUGGAAGAGGAUUUGAACCAGAAGAAGCGGGAACAGGAAAUGUUCUUCAAACUGAGUGAGGAGGCGGAACCCGGACCCACCACGCCCAAUAGAGCCAGCAAGUUCUUCCCUUACAGCUCUGGGGACUCUUCCUAAUACCCCCAUCUCUGAGCUGUGGUGGGCGAUGUGACAGCAUGACCACUGGGGCCUCCAAGCCUCUAUGAACAAGUCACUCAGGACCUCUUUUGCUUCUGUGCCUGCUCGAACCAGCCCCUCAGCCUGCAGUGCCCCAGUUGUCCACAGAGCUGCCCCGGUGCUUCUGGUGGAUGACUUCGUCGAGACUCACAUUCCCAUCACCUGAAAGUGAUUUGGGCUCUUGGGGGUCAGGGAGCAGGCGUGAUGGGUGUGCCCCCUCCUGUUUGCCAAAACACCAGCUCUACUGUUUGUGAGCAUAAGUACUACCAAUGACGUCACCGUGAACGCAUCCUUAUUGUAAUCCUUAAAUCGUGCCCCCCCCCCGCCCCACCGCAGUUCCUCUCAGUGUCCGAAAGCAUCCCUAACAGCCAUUUCAGUCCCUAGCAGCCAGCUUUCAGGGGCGUCCUCAUUCCCCUGCUUCAGCCAGCUCACUUGGUGCUUGACGCCAGGCGCUGUGUAUGUGGGGGUCGGAAUAGAGGAAGGGAAACCAGAAAUGUUCACCCUGCUGGGCACACACACACACACACAAACACACACAUGUACACACGCAUGCGACUUGGCCUCCUGACACCACCCUGACUGCCUCUGCCCUGGCCUCCUAUGGAACCUGCUUGCUGCCUCCUGAGCCUGAUCCUGGGCCACCAAGCAUGGCAGGUGGAGCAGCUGGUGGGGCCAUGCUGUGUGCUGGCACCAGGGCCCAGAGAAGGCACAGGCUGUACUGCCAGCUUGCAACUCAUUUGGCUGCACCCAGGAUCCUGUGUUCAGGAGUAAACGCCUCUCCACAGCCAACUUCUGCUGCCUGGCACAUGCCAACUUCACCCUCGCCCGCUUGUCUGCAGGUACCCUGGGAAGGCUCUCGGCCUUUGCCCUGGUCCCGUCCUGGGGUCCCAUCAUACAUUUCAGCUAAGCCUCGUGAGCCCUUGGACUUCCUUCUUCCCACUCCCAGGAACAUGCAGAAGCAAAGAUACUGAGCCUCUGUGGUUCUGGGCCUUGGGUGGCUCAGGUGGCCUUCUGAGAUGCUGAGCUCCACAGGCCACCGUGUGUCACAACCUAGAAGAUCAACUGUCCACCCAGCCUGUGUUCACUGAUAAAACAAACCUCUCUUGACUCUGAUGCCUCUGUGCUCUAUUAAAGCAGAUGUAAAUGGCUGGCUGCCUCAGGAAGACACUUUAAAAAGUCACUUCCCAGUGCUGCUGCUGCUGCUGCCGCCGCCGCCGACUCAGGCAGCUGAGGCUGGUGAGGGGCUCAGACCUCAGCAGGAUUUCUCCAUCAGCUGCCUGAUGCUGAGGCAAUUCCCUGGAUGCUAACUGGGUGCCUAGGAGGGACUGGGCUAGAAAGAUAGGAAAACAGGGCUUAGGGCUCCCCGAUCUCGUGUGCGGUAAAGGAACUCAGAGAGUCCAGGAAGGCGAUAGUUCUCAGGGUAGCGAACAGCAGCUUGCCUUCGGGUCUCACACUGGGGGGUCGUGAGGAACAGUUGACUUUGUUCUCUCUGGUGCACGGUGACUGAGAAAACAAAACUGCGCACACCUGCAGGACCCGGCGAUGGAAGUGGGCAGGGCUGCUUCUGUCAUUGUUUACAAUCGGUUUGUUUUUUUUUUUUCUUCUUUUUUUUUGGCGUCCAGGGGUGGCUCUAUUAGGCAAAAUUCCAGUUUUGUGGUUCAGGUAAAGGCUUUGGUCAUUUCCUGACUUAUCCUUCAUACUAUCCUCCUGGUCCUUUGUGCGAUUGUCACUUCCAUAUUUAGUGCCACCUGAGCCCUGGUUGCUCUACUGUGCCUUUUUGAGUGGGGUCUAGCCUAGUCUCCCAGCCUUAUCAUUUAGCAUAUGUGCAAUGCCUGCUGCCGACAAGGCCCAUGCAGUAUUCCUCAUGCCCCGUGCUAAUGUUCUCUGUAUAGGGACAGGCAGAGAUGUCUUCGGCCGAGUAAAUGUAACUAACUUAUAUUUCCCCUCAUGAAGGAUAGAUGUAAUGUGUCAUUUCCAACUGCCGUGUAAAAUUUUUGUAAACUGUUCUUUGCAAACAAAAAAAAAUGUAAAUAUGCUUCUAAUAAAAUAACA